AUGCUACACUCGCCUCCGCUGCCACCUCCACGCCUCGCGGCGGCUGCGCUUCUGCUGCUGCUGCUGCUGCUGCUGCUGGCGUUCGCGUCUGCACAGCUCGACCACAGCGCAGUUGCCGACGACGCUCAACUCGGAACACUGGCGGAGGAUCGGCUUCAUGAAGGGGCAUUGAACGAGAGUCCAAACUUCAGCCAGCGCAGGCGACCAUCUAGAUGGCGUUCCAGAUCUCCUGAGGUGGUAGGACCAACGGACAGUAGCACAACCCCUUCCCAACCUUCUGUUGACGUAGUGGACAGCCAAGAAUUCGGUUCGUCAUCCCCACCAGGCAGGCCCUACAGAUCACGGACUCUAACCACACAACAGAUCAGCAGAAAUCGAACAUCUACCUAUGCUCCAGUAUUCAGAAGGCCACAGCACCGUUACGCGCUCAGAGGAAACCAUGAACAGAGCAGUUCCACGGCAUCCAGGGUGACAUUUCCUCUCACCUUUAGUUCAACGACUGCUACUACAGAGGACUCUGAGCGCACCUCUAAUUUCAAGGCAACACUCACAUCGGCCACAGCAGAGCCAACCGUUGGUAGAGACAACCCAGGUGAAAAGUCACCAUUUUCAGAAGAUUUUAACAACAGACUCACGGAAUCACCUCUUUCUAUAGACCUUCCAGUCACUGACAGGCCUCCAGCGCUAACUGAAAUCGGCCGAGAAGACGUUUCAAAGAGCACUCAUCGAUGGACUCUCUCUUCCUCAGCGACUGCAUCUGGCUUCGAUUCCCGGCGGACCAGCCCUCGAGCAGCCGGUAUCAGAUCUCUUUUUGGAAGACGCUCUAAACAUCGAAGCACGCUACAGCCAGAGCAAUACACGAGUCCUUCAACAUCACAGUUUAGCACCACUGCUGCAACUCCUUUAAUCCGGACAGUACAGCUGGAUGGACAUGCUCGUGCUGCCCGUGAUUAUGAAGUGCUCGAGACGACCACCCCGCAAGUUGUUGCAAGGACACCUAGAGGAAGACGGAGGCUGGUCAGUGUUUCUAGGAGAGUACGGCCUAUUGACGCGAGUACAGAGGCUACAGUCUCGCCAAGAGGAGACGAGAGACAAGAUCAGCGCAGCGUUGUCAGAGUCCAGAAGAGGAGGCGUCCUGUCACCAUCGAUACCACCACAGUUUCAACAGUUUCUACCACAAAGGUCAGAGAUAGCCUUCGAAAGACUAAAGUUUAUAAGAGAAGGCGUCCAGUUCCCGCGAAUGCUGUCACCACAGAGCCUUCACUUCUGGAGGGUGAUGCAUCAGGUAACCAACGCGGAUAUAGACGUGUGCGUCCAUCAUCACCUCAACAAGAAUCAACGAACCAGCAAGGCAGCACGACCAACAGCGAGAGUUACAAACCAUCAGCACAAAGCAGUUCCAAAUCGGAGGAAACAUUUGUAGGAGGUCGAAGAAAAAAUGUCGGUAAAGUUAGGGUCAGGGGAAGAAGGCCAUUGUUGAGCGAUUCUGAAACAGGUGUUGGAUCUUCUGAGAAGGCAGUUGAAGGUGAGGGAUUUGGAACUGUACUGACGGCAACUGUGGAAACACCACAAAGUACUACUUCAGUGGUACAAGAAGUUCCUAAACCUCACGCUCCACCCUCCAUGAGCACCACAAUAGAGGCCACAACCAGCAGACGAGUGCUUUCACGUUCAAGACGCCCAUUUUUUGGUAUCCGCCGAGCCGUAGCACCCAGUAUAGCUCCUUCAGUUCAAGCAGAACCCGUCUCCUCUACGACCCCCUCUAGUCUUCAGGAGGAGAAUAAUACUGCUGACUCUCUGACAUCUUACACUCCAACAGAAAGGGGGGACACUAUCACAGAAGGAACGACUGUAGAAUGGAUCAACAUGUCCACCAUUUCACCCACCAAUCAGUCUACUACACAGAUCACUGGCGACACCGUAUCAGAGGAUGAGGGAGGCCAGUCAGAACAAUUCACUGCAAAAUUUGGAGGAGCCAAGGGACGUCACCCUGGAAGGAGAGUCGGCCUCGGGAGCAAGUAUUCGAAAGAACAACGAAAAACCACCCCUGAGCCUAAUAGAAUUGGCCUAACUUCUGAAAGAACUAAAGCAUCUAAAGUGAGUACUACCAGCGAGCGACCGACUGGAAAUAUUUCAGACCGUUUUGUAAAAUCGAGGACGCUGAACUCACUGAGAAAUAGGAAACCGAUAUCGCUCCUUCGACGGAAUAACGUGAGCAACAUAACUGAAGCGCUGACAGCUGCCAACAAGUCCUUGGACGAGCACACGGUUGAGACUGAGAGCCCUGUCGCCACAGAUGGUGGAUCAGCGAGUUUUCUGAAUAUGUCUGUGGUGGACAAUAACAUCACAACUGAUUCUCCAGCACCAACCACAAUUAAGGGUAAAGAUCGUUUGAAGAAAAUUAAGAGACCUCUGGCAGUAACAAAAACAGGAGGUCCUCCAAAGUUACCUGUUCUCAAGAAGAUUUCGUCGAACUUCACAGAAGAUGAAAAAGCCGAGACCUCAACGAUAUCUGAAAAAGGGACGCGACUCAAGGGCAGGAAACCGACCAGCCUUGAUAAGCUACUAAAAAUGAGAAGGCCUCUUCCAACAUUACUGAGGAAAUCUCAAAACGAGUUUGUAUCACCUGCACCUGAGAAUGUCGAGGGCAGCAGCAACAGCGAAACAAGAAGCGCAAUCAGUACUUUACCAACAUCAGCAGAUACCACCCCAGGUCAAACGACUGCAGACGAAAUUGAAACCACUACUGCCGCAGCUGCCACUUCUUCUUUGCAGACGAAUAUAGACGACGGUGUUCCAAACGGGACCAGGAAGCUGCCGAAAGGAUUUAAACCGCCACGUUUCAGGCCUACCCUUGGUGAACCGAGAAAAAUUGGGAUCAAGGAUACACCUAGACAAGGUGUACGGGUUCGACCUCGCCUUACACCCUCAAGUGCUGUGAAGAAAGGAGUUAAUGGUACUCAAGCGACAGCUCCAUUGAAAACUGGACUCUUCGGCAACAGGAGACCCUUUUCUGGUUUAAAACCAUCCUUGCUCAAGUCGACGGGCAGGUUAAACAAGAAACCAACUGACUCUGCUGACGAGAACACCGAAAUACCAACAACGUCAGUGAAAGGAACGACAGAAGCUUACAAUGCCUCACUAAAAGUGGCAGAUAAAGUGAUAAAAGAUUUUGGUGUCAACACUGCCUCAACAGUGGACGAUGAGGAAGUUCAGAAUGUGACCACCGACAGACCCACUGUAACUACAGAAGAAACAGCUACGUUUCAGGCAAAGAACGACAGUCUAGGAAACGAAGCGGGGGAAACCUUAGAUUCACUAGUAGAUACCUCCUUGUCCCCACUGGAGGAGAGCAGUACCACCACGAGGAAAACUUUCUUCUUUCCCAGGGCGGGAGGCCGUGGCAGUGACAAGUCUUCCAAGCUCAAGAGUCUCCAGAAACUACUAUCGGUGCUUCGUCAGAAAUCUAAUGGUGGAGUCGCAAGUACUACAGUGAAAUCCGAUACUGAAACAGUGCAUCCGACGCCAGAGGUGCCGAGCGAACUGACCAGUGAUUCGGCAGGCGGUCGUCCAUCGGAUCUUCAGAGCACCGUUUCUCAAACAGAAAUACCUAUUUUGGGGGCAAACACUGUUUCUUAUGGUGACGAUCUUAAAACAACAGACACAACUGAAGAAUCCACUUUUACAACAGUAAUAGAAACUACUGUUGUGCCUGUUGUUCGCGAAGGCAAGGCCAGUCGGUUGGGAAUUACGGAGAAUUACGGGAAUACAUUCCUGCAGCCCUCUAUGACGACAGAGGCUACUGCUUUUUCUGUAACUGAGAAGUCAGGUACCGAAGACAACACUACAGUGGUAACGAAGAUAUUUGAGGCCGAAACGGAAACGACCUUCCCGGAAACAACCACAGAAAGCGGUGGGAGACUGGUGCUGGAAGGAUCCGAUUCUUUGGAUGGCGAGAACAGUGGAAUGAAAUGUAUGUCAGGGGAAUCAAUGACUACCAAUGAGCACUUGAGUUCUGUGCAGACAGGGGAAAAAAUGAAGGAUAACGCUAGUGGCCUUUGUGGUAAGGAUGUUAGGACUGGCACCACGGAAUUGCCCCUCUCUGGUACAAAGAGACCGGAUGACGUUCCACCCACUCUCGAAUCCAGCACAGAAGUACUACAUCAGUCGACAACCACGGUUUAUGCAGAAACCGCAACAGUAACUGAACCAUCGCUAACGUUCCAGAUGGCAACACUGUUGCCAGAGUUGAUCGUUCCAGAAGUUCGGAAGGAACCCACCAGCACGGAAACUACUGAGGGCACUGCACCAGGAUCAAAGAGCCAACGUUUUCCUCUCACAGACAUUGUACUGCAUAAUUUGACGAAGGCCAUCAGCCAACUGGCGAAUGAGAUCGAUUCAGUGUACACACACAUCAAUGUUGCUAGCGAGUUCACGUUAGCACCUACGACAGAUUUACCAAACAUUACUGAGCAAGCAACUCAUGCAAGCGUAGAACUGAAUACCCCCAUUUCUCCUGGCAUAGAAAAUGCAGUUUUGACAACAGAAACGCCGAUCGCAACGGAUACUGUGACUGCAGAAACACUACCGCAACAAUUUAGCACUACAUCCGAGACAACUACAACCGAGGUUAAUACGGAAGACCCUGGUACUAGUAUCGGAACUACUGUAGAGAAUACUUACAGUGCUGUUGUAAAAGUAACUGAACUUCCAACUGCGACUACUGCAGUACUAGAAGAAGUGACAGUGCCUGCCGCAGACGCUGUGAAUGCAGAAACAGUGCCGCAACAGUAUCACACCACAUCCGAAACUACAACCCAUGCUAGUACGGAAGAUCCUGCUACUGCAAUCGGAGCCACUGUGCAGAAUAUUUACAGUGCCGUUGUCAAAGAAACUGAACUUCCCACAGCGACAACUGCAGUACCCGUAGAAACCAAAGUGCUUUCCGGAAUGGACCUUGAGCAAAGCACUACUUCCAUUCAAGGGCGUAACUUAUUCACGAAGAGUGUGCAUACAGAUAAGGCACUGGCUACCACUGAGGUCUCUGACAUGUGGAUAGGAGUCACAUCUGGAAAUGUAACUGAAGUUUACGAAACUACGGCAACACAAACUGAGAGUCCAGAUUCAGAGGCGACUGAAGGAAACUUGUCUGAUAAUUCACUUCCCACUACAAGUCCCAUUACAGAAGAAAACGGAAGAAACAUAACAAAAUUUGUGAAUGGGGCGCUCACAGAUUUUUCUGACGACCAGUCAGAAUUUGAUUCGAGUUUUUCAAGAGGAAAGACCAGCAUCGUCCCGGCAGUUGAUGAGUUCCGAACAGCAGAUACGACUGUAGCCCCAGAUCUGUCGACCACAGCCCUUGUGCUUGAGGUGCAAGGAGAUGACAGAGGAUACUCAACCAUUGAUGACGUAGUAACAUAUGACAACGGUGUGUCCACUGUAAUGCCAGAGUAUGAUGCGUUUAAUGAUGUUAACAACUCGUACACAGUAAAGGUCGACCAAGGAGCAUUGUUGGGUUUCGCAUCAGGAGAGGAACAAGAAAAUCUUACUAUAGAAUCUUCGGCCAAUAACGGCACCACGGAAGCAACCGUUUACCAAACUCGGCAACCGGUCACGAAUGAGGCAGUGACAGAGCUGGUGACGGAAAGUGAGACUCUUGAACCUUCUACCCUGAAGAAUUCAGACGUCAAUGACACUGCUGUAAGUGAUUCAAAUUCUAUUUUGGGUUAUGAAAUGGCUACUGAUCCUGACACUGUUACAGCCGAGGUGACUGAAGAAGGUUUAUCAUCGACCACGGUUCAGACAAUCAAGCCCGAAGAGAACGAUCUAAAAGCGAACGAAGUAAAGUUUGACGACAGCUUAUACCUGCCAACAACACAGGUUAAAUACGCAUCACCGACCCAAAGAUUGGAACCCACUAACACCGAUUCGUCUGUCAGCACAACGACAGAACCCAACCCUUAUGUAUCUGGCUCCAGAAUAAAUCCAGCAGAAGAAAUGGCUACAUACAGCUCUCUUCUAGAUACUGCAUCAACAGCAAAUGCUUUCGCUGAAGAUGAGAAUACGGUAUCACCCGGAGACAUCACUUCACCAGCAGUUUCAGAUAACACUGUAACAGCCAGUACCCCAACCGAGCCUGGUAGUCAUCUGCCCGAAAAGACCACCUCUCUGACUCAUUUUGGAGACGAAAUUACGACAGAGUCUACUUCAGUCGCUGACGAUUCAGAGCUACUUGAAAACUACGCUUCUUCUGGUCCGUUUUACAUUCAGGCGGUCACUUCAUUCAAUUCUUUACUGGGCGAGAGAGCCCAUUUUCAUAAAGAGACCACUUCAUCUCCAUUUUCUGAUCCACUGAUCACCUCCAUGGACAACGAAGAUGACCGAAAUGAAGGUCCUUCUGCAUGGCACUCUUCAUUCGCAGAAUCUGAAAGCACAACGGCCGAUCAUGACACCUCAUUUUCACCUACAGUUACUGACGCUUUUCCAAUGACGUCAGAAACUGUAGCUGGCGUAACUGAUGUUACGUCAGUUCAGUUCAGUAACACCAAACAGGACUCCAGAGAAGACGAUGACGUGGUAAAAUACCGAGAUAUUGAACAUAAUUCAAUCUACACAGAUGUUUCCACGCCAACUUUUGUAGAUAGUGUCCAAUCAACUACACCGCUAUCUGCGAGUAAUUACACUGAACAAUGGACGGAGAGAAUCGAAAACAAUGGUACUGUCAAUCAAGAUGAUAUAGUCACUGGAAUUACUGAGGCAAGCUUCAUAUAUACGGACACCACGAAAUCACCGUCUCCAGAUUCUGAAGACAACAAUCACCAGUUACUAACCACUGGAGCUGCGACACAGUCACAAACAGAAAAUGGUCUUGCUACUUACUGGACAGAAUCCGUUGAGUCCGCGGCGACAGAUACCCUGCUUUCAAGAGAAGUCGAGCCCCUAACGUCCGAUACAAAGGAUAUAAGCGAAAGUUCCUUUAGUGAUAACAGCACAAACUACGCAAGUCCAGAUGAUGAAAGUCUACACGGAAACGGUAAUGGGAGGUUCCCAGCUCUGGACAUCAACACCCUUGCUCCUUCUUGACGUUUCCAACUUCAGUAAAAUUGCGUUUUCCUUCCAUAGUACAAAUUCUCUUCUUAAUGUGAGCAUGAGCAAGAAGAGGGAGGAUUAAGAUGCGGAACUGUACUAAAGUGAAUGUAUCGCUCUUGUCGACCUGUGCUCAUACGUCCGGUCGGGCGAGAGUGCUGAGUGUUAUUUCGCCACGAAGAGCGUUUGGUGUUUGCCAGGCACAGAAGGUGCUCCAAUUAAACAUUUGUUUUUAUUUGUACAUCACUGCCUGAUGUCCACUGCAUUUACAAGACUGAGACUUUUUUUUAAAAAAAUAAGAUUCUAUGUUAGCAUAAGAUUUGCAGUUGAUAGGUGUGUACCUCUAUCGAGCAAGGGAGCUCAUGUGCAGUAUUAAGAUAUUUGUUUUGAAUACUGUCUGUACACAUGGUUGAUGUGUACUGAGCCAUCUGCAAUAAGCUUUCGGAAUAUACCGACACAACGUAGGUGGCUAACGUAAUGAAAUUUGUGCCAGUGCGAGGUAAACCGAAGGUGUUGUGCAGCUCGCAGCAACAUUUAUUAACUGCUGUUUGCUGUAAAGGACGAACACACACAGUAAUAUUUACAUCCAUUACGUACCAUAAUGCAGACACUGUUACACGUGAUUAAAUUUUUGCAUACUAAUCGCAAGUGAGUUUUCGAUCUCCCGUAUAAACAUCAGUGUAAGCCCUCGAUGUUUCCUACUAUAAAAUUUGUCAACUGCCAGUCCGUUAAUUUAUAGAAAAUUCAUAUUCACGUGCCUAAUUAGUUUUAACCUCUAAGGAAACUAUCACAGCUGAGACUGUAGGAAUAAGAUAGUCAACAGUAAAUUAGCUAUAAGUUCAACCUCUUUAGACGAAUGUGAGAAUGCUAAGAAAAGUGAAACCCAUAUCAAGAGGGAAAGUGAAUUUCAUAUACAGCAUAGUUUAACGAGGAUGAAAUAGAAUAAAUUUAAAAUCAAGUUAGACAAUUAGUGUAUGUUGAGUGCUCCAUAUAGCACCUCAUUUGGUAAUACUUUGGUACGAUAAGUUAACUACCUGAAAAUCUAUUUCAUCUACGGGAAUUUUUAUGCUUCGUGAUUGUUCCUUGAUUUGUGACAGUUUCAAAACUGUAUUCAGUUAAUGACCAAUCCCACAGAGCGUAUUUAAUUCAUCUACGUUUGUGACUUAUUUCAAUACAAAAAUAAAUUCUUUCAUAAAAGCGUUUUAUUACUCUCCAUAUAUUAGUAUCGGGCAAACAAUAAUGCGCCCAAUGAUGAGAAAAUUUCCCGCCAUGUCACCCGUGUACGUAUCUAGCAAGUCACUCAAGUCAUCUGCUGGUUCAUCAUCAUCAUCAUCAUUUAAGACUGAUUAUGCCUUUCAGCGUUCAGUCUGGAACAUAGCCCCCUUAUAAAAUUCCUCCAUGACCCCCUAUUCAGUGCUAACAUUAGUGUCUCUUCUGAUGUUAAACCUAUUACUUCAAAAUCAUUCUUAACCGAAUCCAGGUACCUUCUCCUUUGUCUGCCCCGACUCCUCCUACCCUCUACUGCUGAACCCAUGAAUCUCUUGGGUAACCUUGCUUCUCCCAUGCGUGUAACCUGACCUCACCAUCUAAGACUGUUUGCCCUGACUGCUACAUCUAUAGAGUUCAUUCCCAGUUUUUCUUUGAUUUCCUCAAUGUGGACACCCUCCUGCCAUUGUUCCCAUCUACUAGUACCUGCAAUCACCCUAGCUACUUUCAUAUCCGUAACCUAAACCUUUUUGAUGAGGUAAUCUGAAUCCACCCAGCUUUCGCUCCCAUACAACAAAGCUGGUCUAAAGAUUGAACGGUGCAUAGAUAACUUAGUCUUGGUGCUGACUUCCUUCUUGCAGAAGAGAUUAGAUCGUAGCUGAGCGCUCACCGCAUUAGCUUUGCUACACCUCGCUUCCAGUUCUUUCACUAUGUUGCCAUCCUGUGAGAAUAUGCAUCCUAAGUACUUGAAACCGUCCACCUGUUUUAACUUUGUUCCUCCUAUUUGCCACUCAGUCCGUUUAUAUUUCAUUACCACUGAAAUUACUUUCGUUUUGGAGAUGCUAAUCUUAAUACAGUAGUCCUUACAUUUAUGAUCUAGCUCUGAAAUAUUACUUUACAAACUUUGAAUCGAAUCUGCAAUUACAACUAAGUCAUCCGCAUAUGCAAGACUGCUUAUUUUGUGUUCACAAAUCUUAAUCUCACCCAGCCAGUCUAUUGUUUUCAACAUAUGAUCCAUAAAUAAUAUGAACAACAGUGGAGACACGUUGCAGCCUUGUCUUACCCCUCAAACUACUCUGAACCAUGAACUGAAUUUACCCUCAACUCUAACUGCUGCCUGACUAUCCAUGUAAAGACCUUUAAUUGCUUGCAAAAGUUUGCCUCCUAUUCCAUAAUCUCGUAGAACAGACAAUAACUUCCUCCUAGGAACCCGGUCAUAUGCCUUUUCUAGAUCUAUAAAGCAUAGAUACUAUUCCCUGUUCCACUCAUAACACUUUUCCAUUAUUUGCCGCAAGCUAAAGAUCUGGUCCUGACAACCUCUAAGAGGCCUAAACCCUCACUGAUUUUCACCCAAUUGGUCUUCAACUAAUACUCGCACUUUCCUUUCAACGAUACCUGAGAAGAUUUUACCCACAACGCUGAUUAAAGAAAUACCUCUGUAGUUGUUACAAUCUUUUCUGUUUCCAUGUUUAAAGAUUGGUGUGAUUACUGCUUUUGUUCAGUCUGAUGGAACCUGUCCCAACUCCCAGGCCAUUUCAAUUAUCCCGUGUAGCCAUUUAAGACCUGACAUUCUACUGAAUUUGAUGAGUUCCGACUUAAUUUCAUCCACCGCAUCCGCUUUAUUGCACUACAAUCUAUUGACCAUUUUCUCUACUUCCUCAAAUGUGAUCCUAUUUCCAUCAUCAUUCCUAUCCCAUUCUACCUCGAAAUCUGAAACAUUAUUGAUCGUAUUUUCACCUACAUUGAGCAACUCUUCAAAAUAUUCCCUCCAUCUGUCCAAGGCAUCCACAGGAUUCACCAGCUGUUUUCCUGACCUUGUUACAUUUUAAAUUUGCCCAGCGAAUGUUUUGACCAUAUAAAGCAGGAUGGAGUUCUAAUGGACUUAUUUUAUUGUCAACAUAUGUCUUACAUUUAGUUUCUUUUCAUCAAUAGGUUGUGUUAUUUAAGAAAAAGUAUUGAAAAAGAUAUGGACUCACAAGUAGCUUUCAAAAGACAAUAUUUUAAUGUGAAUUACUGAUUUGCGAGUUGCAAUAUGAACUGCUUCGCCUGAGUCACAGAUAAAAGGAAUAAUUGUGUCGUAAAAAGAAAUUCUUUUUAUUUGGAUGAGGAUAUUAAUCUCAUCAUGCUCUGUUGUUGUAAUUUUAUAAAUUACACAAUUUUCACAUUUUUAUGUGAUAUAAAUUAUGUCACUUGUAAAUACUCUAUUUUUUAAGUGUUCAACCGGUAGAUAUUAUUAUUUUUUUUGAAAUAAAGCACUUUUGAUAAUAUUCAUUUAUCAUGUAAUUCUGUCAUAUCACUGUAAUGCCUUAAAAGUUACGUCAAGUAACUGACUGUUUCACUAUGAAUGUUAUUAAUGUCAUUGCACGAUACAAAAUUAAUUGUU